AACCUGACCUACAUGUACAAUGUAGCUUGCCGACCUUACAUUUCCUCGCCCAUUUCCCUAUAAAAGCGAGUCGUGAUCCGUGGUUCUAUAGUUCCACUUGUUUUCUUUUUUUCUGAGAAUUGCCUGGUAAGCACAGCGAGAGAAUCAUUGCUUCAUUCCGUGCUACGAGCGUCUGUUCUCUCUCUCACGUAUUAUAAGCGGUUCUCUUCUCUCAGUAUUCCAUCACCUAUCCCCUCCCUUACUCCUCACCCAUCAUCUGAGUUCGGCUGUUGCAUAACAUAACCAUGGCAAUCCGUACUGGAGUGUUCGUUCUCUGUAUGCUGGUAGCUGCCAUGUUCUGCACUGGCGACGUAUCCGGUUCAUCCGUAGCAGCGGGAUCUUCGGCCGUGGAGGUCAAAAGCCGCAGCAAGCGUUCUCUGCUCAAUUUCGGUGGUAUGAUCUCGUGUGUGAUACCCCAAGCUGGUAACGCCCUCACUGCGGCGAUACGCUAUACGAACUACGGAUGCUGGUGUGGAGUGGGUGGUUCCGGGUCAGUUGCGGACGAGAUCGACGAGUGCUGCAAAGUGCACGAUGCCUGCUAUGACGAAGCCAUUGCCAGCGGAUGCUCUAAUCCCAAGUUCGACCAUUACCACUGGAACUGCGAUGGUGGAGACCCGUCCUGUCGCAGCACGUGGUGGCAAGAACUCUUCGGUGGUAGCAACAACCGCUGCGAGAAGAAGAUCUGCAAGUGUGAUCGGCACGCUGUGGCUUGUUUUAACAGGCACAACAGUGUCUACGACUCCGGUAACAUUGCUUACAUUGAUCGCAGCCACUGCAACUGAGGGUUUACCGGGUGUUAGCGGCCGUCGUGAGUUCCCUUCGGGAACGGACCCGAUAAUUUACUUUACUUACUUACUGCAACUGAAGUUUCCAACCGUGAAGGCAAUCAUCUACAUCUAUACAUUGCUGCACUGUCGCUACUCAGAUGAUAACAUAACACUCUAUUACUA